AUGGCCACUGGCACUUACAAACCACAAAUUAGGGUGUGGGACCUAGACCAACUCUCGCAGAAGUUUGAGAGGCAUUCGGAUGCAGAGAACGUUGAUUUUGUUAUCCUGUCUGACGACUGGACGAAGUCCAUCUACCUCCAAAAUGACCGCACCAUCGAGCUUCAUACACAGGGCGGGUUCCACUACCGUACCCGAAUACCUCGCUUCGGGCGCACGCUUGCAUACCAUUUUCCUUCCUGCGACGCCUAUGUCGGGGCCUCAGGCUCCGAAGUGUAUCGGCUGAACCUCGAGCAAGGCCGAUUCAUGACCCCACUGGCCCUCGACGAAAAAGACGACGGUGAAAUCCUGGGAGUGAACGUCGUCGACAUCAACCCCGUGCACCAGCUGCUCGCGUUUGGGAUCGAGGGGAACGGGACGGCGCUGUUCUGGGACCCGCGGUCGAGGGCAAGUGUUGGUACAUUGAGGCUCCCGAGUGGGAGGCUCGCGUCGGUUGGGAAGCAGGAUGAAGCAGUCAGCGUGACGGCGAUCGCUUCGAGAGUGGAUGGACUCUCGUAUGCUAUUGGGACGUCGACGGGGCAUACGUUGCUGUAUGAUAUUCGCGCUGCGAAGCCGUUUGCGUUGAAAGAUCAGGGAUACGGACUUCCGGUCAAGAAUGUGAGCUGGAUUGAAGGAGGUAGCCGCAUGGCGGGCGAUGGGAUGGUGCUCAGUGCUGACAAGAAAGUCAUCAAAAUUUGGGUUCGAAAUAGUCCUGCUUCAAAUUUUGUCUCAAUAACACCUACAAAUGACCUCAACGACGUACACCACCUGCCCGGAAGUGGCAUCAUCAUGACCGCAAAUGAAGGCAUUCAAAUGGGCACAUACUACAUUCCACAGCUUGGCCCUGCACCGCGCUGGGCUAGUUUCCUCGAGAAUAUUACAGAAGAGAUGGAGGAUCAAACGACACGCUCGGUUUAUGAGGACUACAAGUUUAUUGAACGAAGCGAGCUUAAAACACUCGGUCUGGACCACCUCGUCGGCACCCCUGCGCUCAAGCCCUACAUGCACGGCUACUUCCUCUCACUCAAGCUGUACGACACCGCACGUCUCAUCGCGAACCCCUUCGCGUACGACGAGCACCGCGAGAAGCUAGUGCGUGACAAGAUGGAGAAGAUGGCCGAGACGCGCAUCCGGUCGAAGAAGGACGCCGCGGCGAGCGUAAAGGUGAACAAGGCGCUCGCUGAGAAGAUCUUGAGGGACGAGGAGCGGGCGAGGAAGAAGGCGGAGAGGAGGAAGGGUAAGAAGGGUGGCGAUGGCGAUGCAAUGGAUGUGGAUGUGGAUGGAGGGGAGGAAGAUGGAGACAAGAAGGAGAAGAAAGGGAAGGCGAGCUUGUUGGAAGACCCUCGCUUCACGAAGGUGUUUGCUGACCCCUCGUAUGCGAUCGACGAGGACUCGAGGGAGUAUGCGCUGCUCAACCCGUCUUCUUUCGGCCUGCGGCAAGGUGCCCGACCGAUGACGGCUGUAGAGGACGAAGAGGAGGAGAGCGACAAGUAUUCGUCUGAUCCUUUGGAUGAAAGUGAUAAUGAGGAUGAGAGUGAUUCAAACAGUGACAGCAGCGAUGAGGAAGUUUCCCAACGCCGCGAAAAAGACAAAUGGGUCGCUUCAGGCGGGCCCAAGUCCAAACCUCAAUCUCAACCCGACUAUACACCCAACAAAAGGCUCAACAUGGUCCCUCUGCGUGCCCAACCAGGAGCGAGCUCGGGCCGUGGCGCAGAUCCAAACGCCACAUUCGGUCAACGCGUCCGUGGCUCCUCUAGCUUCAACGGAAAGUCUACGAGUAGACGCGCGAAGGAGGAUGGUGGUGGCGCGAUGGAAGUCAGCUGGGUGCCUUCUUCCUCUGGCGCGAAGUCGGGCGAUGUAGAGCAGAGAAGCGGGAAGGAGAAGGGCAACAACACAAGGAGAAAGGGCGUGGAGACGUUCGGGGCUGGCAUGGAGAGAGGGUUCGACGAAGAUGAAGGGAGGAAGAUGGGUGAUGCGGAACGGCAUGGACGAACACAGAGAAGGAAGGUUAUACGAAGUGGGAGUAAGAACGCGUUUAGAAGGAUAUGA